AUAUUUAUCUUGAAAGAAAAUUAAUCAAUAUGUUUUUGUGUUUCUGAUAAAUUGAAUGCUACAGACACCAAACUUGUCUUAAGGAUGGCUAUAUGGGCUUUGGAUACUCCAGAUCCAGCCAACAUUUUACUAGUGGCAGGAGACGGUGACUAUCAAGACAUAGUUGACCAUUUAAGAACACGCGGCCACAACGUUAUGCUUGCCCAGAUUAUACGAAGCUCUAAUCUAAUGUUAAAGAUUACGUCAAAAAUUAUUUGGGAGUGGGGAGAUCUAGCGUCGGGAAGGGGUCCACUUAGGGAAGAAGGGAAUUUGCACAUACGAGAGAAGUACUUGCGCAAAUAUCUAGGAAACAGACCCAAAAGUCAGAUAGCCGAAGCUCCCUCCAUCAGAUGUGAACUAUGCUAUCAUCUUCUCCCAUUGCCCAAGAAACCUGAGAAGUUGCAAUGUCGAUGUUCUUACAUGAUUGAUCUGACAUCAACCACACCUCUAACCCCUCUAACAACCCUACUUUGAAUUACUCUUUCUUUAAACUCUUUCCUUUUGUUCUUUCUUUGAAUAGAACUUUUGACUCUUUCCUUUACUAUGGGUUAAGAUCGAAUUUUAGGUUACAAUUUUUGUAACUGAUUUGGGGAAGAACAAACAGUGUAUUCUUCUUUGGAGUUAAUUAUGAUCCUGAACGAUGCGUUUCAUUGAAUUACAAGGAAGCUUCUUUACGAAAGAAACAGGGAUACAUGGUUCUGGUUCUGUCUUCUUGCUGACACAGUCAAAGUGACUCACGAGCUUAAUUGAUCGACCAAUUUUAACGCGCUUUUGGAACCUUGGGCAUAUAUCAAUGGAGAAGCAAGUCAAAUAUAAGAGGUCUGUGAAUGAUCCAACAACUCUUAGAUCCCUCAAAAUAGUAAGAAUACUUUGAACUCUUUGGUAUCAGAUUUGAAGCUUAUGGUUCAGACUCACAACAUCAAAAGUAAAAGGGUUUGAUUUCCCAAAUUGGUCAUAUUUGUUAAUCAGUUUCAUCACGACUAAUUUUCUCAGAAUGAUUAUUGGAUAGUAGACGAUGUGUUGCCUGUAAUUUCCAUUGUGCCAUGUUAAAUUUAUCAGGUCAGAAAUAUACCAAAGAAGGAAGGCGUCAUAUCUUUGAGUUUGAAAAUGAUCCCAACAUGCAUGCUUGCCGUGAUUUCAUCAGACCAUGGGAUCCAGCGCUAUGGCACCAAUGACGUUGUUGAACCACUGAACGACCAGCUUAGGAGGUCACUUUUACAAGAUCUUAAUCGUCAUGCUGCUGUUGUAUUGGAAGGAAGAUGCAUCGAUGUUGAGUCUGAAGGUACGAGAAUUGUUGCAGAGGCUCUCACACGGGCGAAACAAGUAAGCAAAGCUGAUGGUGAAAUCACCAAGGACGCUAAUCAGGAGAGGUUGGAGAGAAUGUCCCUUGCAACAGAAAUGGAGGAUCUUCAAGCACCACAAAACUUCCCAUUAGCACCACUCUCUAUCAAGGACCCUCGUGAUUACUUUGAAUCUCAACAAGGAAACAUCCUCAGUGAACCCAGAGGAGCAAAGGCGUCAAAGAGAAAUGUCCAUGAAGCUUAUGGAUUACUAAAAGAAUCCAUUUUGGAGAAUAGAAUGACGGGAUUAAGUGAUCCUUUGAUUAAACCUGAAGUUUCCUUUGAGGUUUUCAGUUCGUUGACCCGAACUAUCUCAACUGCCAAAAAUAUUGUUGGGAAGAACCCGCGAGAGAGCUUUCUGGACAGAUUACCAAAGUCCACUAAGGAUGAAGUUAUACAGACAUCCUCCAGUGUCCUAACACUGGACAUCAAUACAAGAAUUACUGAGACAUUUUUGGUCAUCUUACCCAAUAACAACGACAUAUCUUAGUACCAAGGUUGGUAAACUGAAGGAUGCAAUGUCCAAUACUUAUUCACUACUCGAUUGGUGUAACCGUGUAAUGGUCCAUUAGUAGUUUGUGGUUGGGUGAAAGUAAAGAGAAGUAGUUGUUAGCCACAUAGCGAUUAAAGACUGUUUUACUGUUUGACGGUAAAACAUAAGUUGCAGUCGUCGGCGGAAGUGGUAAUGGAAGCGGCGGUGACGGUGGUGGUAGCCAGCAUCACGACGGCGCUGAAACUGAUAGGAAGAAGAAACGUUAUCAUCGUCACACCUCUCAACAGUUUAAUUUCCUAUUUGGUUUUUUUCCAAUUUAUUGAAUCACAUUUGUUUUCACAUUAUAACAGAGAAUCCCCCAUUUAUAAACAUCCGUUCACUCA